AUGACCGCAUCUCAUCCUCGACUAAUCUGGCUUAUCCCCACGACCGAACCGGCCUUUCACGACGUCACACACCAACCCCCAAGAGCCGAGGCACAAUUGGGCGUCCUUCUCCACACCGCGAUGGGCGUCCAGCGCCGCCUCUCGUCUCCGGUCCUUUCCGACGCCAUAAAGCCCGGUUCGCUCCAAGCAAUUACAUAUUGUCUCUCAUCCAACGACGCUUGA